CGUGAAGAAGAAGUGAAAGUUAAGUGCGCCGUAAAAGGUUUACUCUGCGCAUGCGUAGUUGUGGGUUCUGUUGGACCAAAAUCCAUUUCGCGUCGUCCUGCCCGAGUUGGGUGUCUCUCUUUUGGGAUCCCUUUUUUUACCUGAAACCUUCUCCACCCGACCAAACGAGGAACGAUCUUCACCCGACAACAGACGGUAGGAACCACCUCUACCUCUUUGGGGGACACGCUCAUCCUGACGAUGUGUAUGCUCUUCUUCCAUUUCCUUGCGGAUCCUUCGCCAGAUAAAUAUCGCCUGAUCUUAGCCAAUGUCCGUGAUGAAAGCUGGGAUCGGCUCACGUUGCCCCUCGGAUUCUGGAAGGACAAUCCCCAGUGUAUUGGUGGUAUGGAUCUUAUGGAGGGACGAGAAGGUGGAACGUGGCUAGCUGUGAACCGGAAUGGUAAAUUAUCUUGUUUACUAAACAUUUACUGUGAAGAACCAGACCCUUCCAAGAAGCAUCGUGGUCAACUUGUGUCUGAUUAUUUGAAUAAUGACCAAUAUACUGCUGUGUCUUACUCUAACACCUUAGCCUCUCUCCGCACAGAUUUCUCACCUUUUACUAUUGUCUUAAUGGAUCUCAGUUCUAACGAAGCCUAUUGUCUGUCUAACACUGAAGAUAACAGCGAACCACAGACAUUAGAACCAGGUACUUCUUAUGUGUUUGGAAACUCUGAGUUGCUGCACCCGCUCCAGAAGGUGUGCAAGGGUAAAGAAUUAUUCGAUGACGUCAUCGCAAAAUACUCCACGACGCAACACCAACAGCAACUCAAAGACAGCCUUUUUCAGAUGAUGAUGAACAAAGAACCAUAUUAUGACCAGGAAUACAGCCAGAAAUUUCCAUCCUUCAAUUCAACCAUUCCUUAUAUCUAUUUCCAAUGUGAAGAGGAACGAAGAGGAUCAAGGACCCACACUGUGCUACUGGUUGACGGAGACGGGAAAAUAGACAUCACCGAGAGGACCCUAGAGACACCGAUCAAGGCCGGGGAAUUCAGCUGGCAGACCUCCAGUUUCUCUUACAGCCUUGCUUUAUAGCAAAGGCUCCCACAACAGCAACACCAACAAUAAUAGUUAAGUUUUCCAGACAACAAACACACAAGAGGAGACAAUUUAUA